AUGAGUGACAAACAAACUCAGGCUUCCCAUGUUCCUGAUGGCGAAGGACGCCUAUCGUCACAUUCGGCCGCUUGUUGGCAAUUAGUGGCCAAGAUCCCCUUCUUUCGUCAAGUGGAUCAGGAACAGGAAGAGGAUGGGAAUUCACUCAAUCUUUGCCAGCGUUGCAAAGAAAUUGACCUCAACGGCAUCUUCAACGACACAAGUGUCUUCUUCGACAGCGAGACGGUCUUGUUUCUCGGCAUUCUCGAUAAGGAAUCUACGUGCGCAUUGUGUCGGCUCUUCUACUCCAUGCGACGGACAGCUCCCGAUGGUAAACCUACAGAUUCAUACAACCUACGCAAGUAUUGCUUCGGCGAAUUCUUCGACGCCGAGGAGUGCACAUUGUGGGCUGUUGACCCCGCUAAGUCCUCCUUACUCCAAUUGGGAAAGUUUUCUGCGAAACCAACACUUCUUGACAUGCGCCAUUCAUGGUUCAUUCCCCACUCUCCGUCGUCGGACUUUAAUCAGCCGAUGAGGCCCUGGCCAAAUAAACGGGCGGUGAAAGGAUUACCCGUCAAGGAAACAUCUGUCAACUAUCCUUUACUGCGUUGUUGGAUCAAGGAAUGCGAGGAUGAUCACCCUGGUUGCAGUUUAAGGAGCUCGGAACCCACCAAGUCUCACACUGGACCAACCAUCCGUGGAAUUGAUUGCAGAACUCGCAAAAUCGUGGAAUUACAACCUGGUGAUCAAUACAUAGCACUUAGCUAUGUCUGGGGUAACAAGCCAUUUCUUGAGAACAAAGGCAACCGGGCUCUUCCAACUAAUGCGCCCAAGGUUAUUGAGGAUGCAAUGAUUGUUGUGAGAGAGCUUGGUCAGCGAUAUCUUUGGGUCGACCAAUAUUGCAUCGAUCAGCAUGACGAACAGGCCAAGCAUGCUCAAAUCAGGAAUAUGGCUCAUAUUUACGAAGGAUCUUAUGCAACCAUUGUAGCAUUUUCCGGAGAAAACUCAUCUUGUGGGCUUCCCGGUGUCAGCAGUACACCCAGAAUCCCUCAACCCCGGUUCACAUCUUCUAGGUUGACGUUACUAGGCUUCACGCCUGUUUUGACCCGACAAUCCUUUGAAGCUUCGAUUUGGUCGAAAAGGGGGUGGACCUUUCAAGAAGCUCUUCUCUCCCGGAGACUGCUUAUUUUUGCUCCCGAGCAGGUGUACUUCCACUGCCCCUCUGGGAUUUGGGCUGAAAACAGCACUCCAGCACCUCGCCUGGAUGUCAGCUCCUACAUUGACCAUCAGUCGGCGGAUUGGAAGCGGGAAAUGAGGUCUAUUUUCCCUUUAACAAGGGUCCAUGACUCAACCUACGGGUUCCAAGUCGAAACCUUUGACAUCCAAGACCUCCUUCCACUCAUCGAGGGUUAUGGUAGGCGGCAAUUAAGCUUCCAAGCUGAUGCUCUGGAUGCUUUUCGAGGUCUUCUUUCACGAGUCUCUAUUGUUACCUAUUGGGGGAUCCCUGCCUACGACCUCCCUCAAAGCCAUAGAGGUAGCUUUGUCUUGGACGGAUCGGAGGCGGAUGCUCUCUUUCUUCAAUGUCUUUUCUGGAUACCCCUUCACACAGCCACACGCACACAAUACCUUGGCCGUCGUGAAGGAUUCCCAAGUUGGUCAUGGCUUGGUUGGAGAACGCCAGUGACUUUCGCAUGGCACUACCCUAAGUAUGACAUUGACGCAAUGAUGCUCCCAACUGUCAAAGUUGAAGACGAAAACGGUGCACUUCUUUCACUGGUUGAUGUCAUUGAAUCAUCAGGAACAGAGAUGGAACGCUCGAGGGCCCUUCCUGAGAGGACAACUUAUCUGUGGCUCGAAGGGCUUGUUCUUACGUUGGGCUUCCAGCGCGGCAGCAGACGUGAUGGCCGUCCAUUUCGCUUCUGCCUCAACCAUCCACUGGGCUACUCAGAUCCCCCUUGUGAGAUGAGAGAUAGCUGUAAACAACGAACGUAUGCUUCCGGUGGCCUGUUAGCGCGCCACAACCAAAUAGAAUUUCGGUUGGAAGCCAUGGGUCCUAUCGAAAUAUACGAGAGGAUACUCGAGAGAACGUGGGAUUGUAUCUUGCUCUUCACACGAGACCCGAGCGAACUGUACUUUCUCAUCCUUGAUGAAGGAGAUGAUGCAGCGUACUGUGUUGGUACACUUUGUGUUGGGGAUAGUUCAGGGGACCUGAUCGAGAAGUUAAAGACUAAAGAAGGUUAG